AUGGGCCCCAAUGCGGACCCCUACAGCCAGAGCUUCCCGGGCAUGCAAGAGCUGAAGCUUACAGGAAAGGGUAAUUUCGACCCUCUGCCCUUCCUUAGCGAUGAUCUGGCUUUGCCAUUCCUUGAGCCUGACUGCAUAUGCCACGGUGCGUCAGCUCCACCUGGCGAGUACCCUGAUGUCGCCAGAGAGGACUACUCUUCCUCUGUUGAUCUUGCCUGGUUGUGGGAUAGGCAGGACCUCUUGCGGCUCCAUGCGGGCCCCGCUCCUGUUGGUGAUGAAAAGGAGUUUGUUCGUGUCUUCAACUGCUUCAAGUCCCCGGGCGUUGCCCGGAUGAUCGGUGACCGAAGAGGCCGGAACUACAGUGAGCUGCCCCUUCGGGGCCCUUCUUCAGGGCUGCCAACAGGAGUGCACCUGCUAGGGCUUAUUGCAAAGCCCUCGCAGUACCUUGCAGUCAGUGUGACGGAUCGCAAGGAUUUUUAUACUCAACUUAGAGUUGGGGCCCGGAAAGCUAUGAAGAACUGCCUCUACCCUCCCCUUCGCACUGCAGACCUGGUGGGUACACAGGCCCUGUGCAAGUUGCUUCGGGAAGGACCAAAUCGGGUAAGGGCCAGGGACUGUGAUCGCCGGUCUCUCCUGGUGCCACCUGUUGAUGCUGAAGGCCCGCGGGUCUUUGCCCUUUUUGAGGCAAUCUUCCAGGGUGAUCACUCACGUGUUGAGGUCGCCACGUGCAAGUGUCUCGACUCGGCUCGGUCAGCCUAUGCAGAGUCAGGCCUGCUGGGGUCUACGGAGAAGGACCUGCAGGAGGUUUGUCUUGGGAAGGUCGGCGGAGCUGAACUCGAUUCUUCUCCUUGGCGCGAUCGCUCGGCCUUAUCCUUGCUGGGGCGCCGCGGGCCAAAAAGGCUUUCACUUGCUGCUGUGUCUCUCGUGCUCGCCGCCUCGCCGUGCACAACCGACUGCCUCCACCUGUGCCUGAUGGGGGGCUGGACUUCUAUCCUCCUUUACCGUCGGCCGCUCAUGGCUGUUUUGGUUAAAGGGGCUGAGGUUAGGUCAGGGUCGCCUAAUGUCAUUCCGCUCCCACGCUCCGUCGCUGAUGAACUGGUCGUCGUCAGUGCUCUUGCCCCGUUGGCUGUCAGUGAUCUCUCGGCCCAGCUCCUCCCCGAAGUGUUUGCCACGGACUCCUCUGAGGAUGCCGCUGCCUCUGUCCAGGCUCCUUGUGAUCCUGACGUGCUCCGUGCUUUGUGGCUGUCUGCUGACCGGAGGGGAGGGUACUCAAGGAUGCUCUCGAAGGCCGAGGCCCUUCUUAAGAGCCAUGAUCCUGACUUUGAGGAGCUCGGGGACCGUUUCGGAAACGAGGCUUCUGGGCUUGCUGUCAGGUCCCAUGCUGAGCGCCCUCGCUCCCUCCGCUUCCAUUGCUUGGAGGUUGGCGUUCGUGUCGGUGCCAUUUCUGAUGAUCUCAGGUCCCUUGGCUGGGUUCCGGGCCCGGCUUUGGGCUUUGAAGCUUCGCCUGAGUACGACUUGAAGUCUUGCCACCUUGUCGGUUGGAUUUCGCACCUUUUGGAACGUGGCCUCCUUGACUCCCUCGUUAUCAGGCCUCCUGUUUCCGAUUUUUCUGUGCAUCGGCGGCCUGCCACCCGGACCUUUGCGCGUCCUCAAGGAAGAGAGCGGGAGGGUGAGAGGGCCCUUGACCACCGGCGGGCCGAGUCCUCUCUUUUCCUUUUCCGUCACGCUGUGUUGGUCGGUGUCCCGGCCGUCCUUCUUCAGCCGGGCUCUUCAGUCAUGCCGCGGCUGCCUGCCUGGCGGACUACUAUGAGUCGUGACGGUGUUGUCCAGCAGGUUUGGGGCAAAAGGCAUUGGGUUGCCCUCCUUUGCAACCUUGCUUUGAGCGAUGGCCCUAACAGCUUUGAUCCUGAGUGCCCCGAGCAGGCCGCCUACUCCCAUCUCGCGCGUUGCCUUGACUCCUCUCUCCGGAAGCGCUUUGCUGCCCUUGCCUGUUCUGACCUCUGCGUUGAAGGCUUGGAGACCCCUCUCGCAAAUCACAUUGCCCUGUCGAGCAAAUGGAGUGUUCGUGAUGUUUGGGCUUGGCCUCGGCCCGUUCACAUCAACAUACUGGAGUCAAGUACAGUGUACCGGCUACUGCGGAGCAUUGCGCUUGAGACAAUUUCGGCACGCAUUGUGUCCCUGCUGGAUUCGAAUGUUUCGCGAUGCGCCCUGUCAAAGGGCAGGUCCUCUGCAAAGGGGCUCUUCCAGGUUCUGUGGCGCACCGCUGCCCUUGAGGUUGGAUUUGGGCUCUACCCGGCAUAUCCCUUCUGCCCUACCAGGUGGAUGCCUGCUGAUGGGCCCUCUCGUGACGGCUCGCCUCCCCUUGCUGUUCCUGGCCUGGACUGUGCAUGGACUUCUGGUGAGCGUCUCAUAGACUUACAACGUCUGCCUCGCCUGAGGCGUUGGGCUUCGAACUGGGUGAGGCUCGUCCUCCGCCUCUCCUCUCCUGCGUCGCCCGUCUUACGCCAUGAUCGCCGGUUUGCCUCCUUCGCUGCUCGUACCUUCUUUGGGAGCGGCAUGGAUUUUGAUGCUACCCUUGGAUACCCUGGUGAAGGCCCUGCCCUCUUUUCUUUCAGGGUUUUUAGGGUUUGGGUUUUCAUCUCCUUCAUCCUUCUCAGCCAUGGUAUGCUGCAGCCUCGGAACUUAGCUGACAGACUGCGGAAAACUGCUAGGCAGGACCUACCGCUGCCGUUGGGAAGGCCAGUUGAGAAGCAUACUCAGCGUGUGCGAGACCGGCUAUGGGACGAGUUUGCUGCCUGGCUCCGGGGCAAUGGCUUGGACCUUGAAGCGGUUUUUGGAGAAGGUGCCAUCGACAUUGAUUUCGUCAACAUUGUGCUGGGAAAAUACGGGAGGGAACUUUACCAAGCAGGCCGCCCGUACAGCCAUUGCAGCGAAACUAUAAAUGCGGCCUCCUCCCUGCAUCCAAAAAUUAGACGAUUGCUUCAGCCGGCCUGGGACGUCGCUUUUUCUUGGAUGCGGAACGAAACUCAUCACCAUCAUGUUGCAAUGCCCUGGCAGGUCCUUUUGGCUAUGAUUUCUAUUGCUUUAUAUUGGGGAUGGCCCCUCUUUGCAGGCUGUAUGGCCCUCACAUGGGGCGGGCUUGCUAGAGCGGGAGAGGUUUUCCAGGCUUAUCGCCAUUGCCUCUUCCUUCCGUCGGAUGUACGGCUCACUACGCAAUGGGUCAUCUUGGCGAUUCCUGAACCAAAGACACGGUAUAAAGCUGCUAGGCAUCAGAGUCUGAAGGUUGACCAUCCGGACCUCAUCGAGGUCAUCGAGUUUGCUUUUUCUGGGCUGUCUCCGGGGCAGAAGCUUUGGCCCAUGUCAGACCAGAGUUUUCGCAACAGGUUUCAGCGCAUCCUUGCUGCGCUCCACCUGCAGUCGCUGCCGAGGCCUUUUACCAAGACUUUGGAUUUGGGCAGCAUGCGUGCUGGUGGCGCGACGUGGCUCAUGAUGGUUUCGGAGGACAGCGAAUUAGUUAGGAGGAGAGGUAGAUGGCUCACCUCCAAGAUCAUGGAAAUCUACAUUCAGGAAGUCAGUGCUCUUCAAUUCCUGCCUGCACUACCCAAAGCAGACCGGGACUAUCUGCUAGACUGGGCUGGGAUGUAUUCUUACAUCUUUGCGAGAGUCAGGUCCUUGAAAGGCACUCCUCCUCACAUGUGGCAAAUUUUCCUUGGCCGUGGUGCUUGA